UCUUGGCUUCACUUUCCUUCUUCUCUCCGGCUGAAACCUUUCUUCACAAAAUGGCCUCAACUACACUAACAACCCUCUCCCUCCGCAACCUCUCUUAUCCUACACCCUCCUCCUCUUCUUACCCUACGCACCUCUCCGCCAACCCCUCCUCCCUCCAAUUCCCCAACUUCUCCCACCGCGCCACCACCACGCGCCGCGCCCGCGUCGUCGUCGUCUCCGCCGUCGAGGCACCGGAGAAAAUCACCAAGCUCGGCGACGAAAUCGCGGGACUCACGCUCGAGGAGGCCAAGAACCUCGUCGACUUCCUCCAGGACAAGCUCGGCGUCUCCGCGGCAGCGUUCGCCCCCGUGGCCGUCGCCGCGGGUGCCGUCGGCGCCGUGGCGGACGCUCCGGCGGCGGUGGAGGAGAAGACGGAGUUCGACGUGUUGAUCGAGGAGGUGCCGAGCAACGCGAGAAUCGCGGUGAUUAAGGCGGUGAGGGCGCUGACUAACCUGGCGCUGAAAGAGGCGAAGGAGUUGAUAGAAGGGUUGCCGAAGAAGUUCAAGGAAGGGAUUUCGAAGGACGAAGCUGAAGAUGCGAAGAAGCAACUUGAAGAAGCCGGUGCCAAGGUUACCAUUGCUUAGUACUGUUUAGCAGCAGCAUUUGUUUUGCUUCUUCUUUUGUUGUAGCUGAGUUCACUAGUACACUGUAAUCUCCUUUCCAUUUUGUCUGGAGUUCAAUCUUAUUUGUAAUGAGGAAAAAAUGAGUUCUUAUUUUUUUUUUAAUGCCUCUGAGGUGUUUGUUGAAAUGGAGGUGAAGGGUUUUAAAUUGCUGAAUUGGAAAUUGGAAACACGGUACUUAACUACUUGCUGAAUACCUGGAGUGACAAGACUUCAUCUGUCUGGACUAUGAUGUUUGGCUACGCUCCAUAGUCCAUGUUAAUCUUAGUGGACAUUGCUUUGUAGUGGA